GCCUCCUGUGCUUUUCACCACUCUUCCUUUUUAAUUCCCCAUGAGGACAUUGAGGAUGCUGGUCCACAUAUUUAAAGCUUUCUUGCUCAGUGUCUUGUGGUUGAACAAGCAAAGAGUGGGCUCUAUUCAGUUGUCCGCUCCAGAGGAGGUCACGGGAGCACGCAGUGGAUCCCUAACCGUCUCCUGUCAGUACGACCUCGAAUUUAAGGACAACCCAAAAUACUGGUGCAAGGGGUCAAUAUAUGAACUGUGUCGGAUAGUCGUAAGAACUCCCAAGAGGAAAAGCACCAACAGAACCUUCAUCGUUGAUGACAACAGAGCUGGAGUCUUCAACGUAACAAUGAGUCUCCUCAGAAAACAGGAUGAAGACACUUACUGGUGUGUCAUCUCUCGAUCUGGAAGAAAUGUCUUUAAAAGAGUGGCACUCCGUAUCUCAGACGUAGGAGAGACCACUCCAUCUACCACUACUGAAAGUAACUCCAUUCAAAUAAUAGAUAAAGAACAAGAAGAGAACAGUUGGUGGAUGACUCUCCGCUGGAUUCUUUUUUUUGCGAUGUUGACGUGUUUGGCAUCGACUCAUUUUAUAGUGUGGAGGAUAAAAACUGCAACAAACAUGAGGACUGUUAUUUGAUCAUCAAAAAUGUCAAUAUGAAAUGUGUACAUAAAUGUGAAAUGAAGUGUCUCAAUAAACUGAUUUUGUGUUGUCUAUA